UCAUAUAACCCAGGCUGCCUCCAGCCAGCCUUUCUCCACUUGUCCUGAGCGCAAAAAGGUGCAGCGGAGUCUCUGAGAAUGAGCACUUUCUGCUCUGAGACCGCGUGGCUCUGCCUGGCUGUCACGGCAGCCCUGGGGGGACUAGUUCUUUGCAAACUCAAGAGUCCAGGACAGGUGGGGGGAAAGGGGGUCUGCCUGGCGGGCCUCUGGGGAGGGGCUUGCCUGUUAAGCCUGUCCCUCUUCUGGAGUUUGAUCCUGUUCUCCCUGUCAUGCUUCCUCCUGUAUAUUCAUUUCUCUGGCCAAGAAUUGUUACCUGUGGACCAAAAGGCUGUGCUAAUCACAGGUAGUGAUUCUGGGAUUGGUCAUGCUUUGUCCAAGUAUCUGGACCAGCUGGGCUUCACUGUGUUUGCUGGAGUUCUGAAUGAAAAUGGAUCAGGGGCAGAGGAGCUGCGAAGAACCUGCUCCACGCGCUUCUCUGUGCUCCAGCUGGAUGUCACCGACUCGCAGCAGAUAAAAGACGCCUACAGCAAAGUGGUGCAGAAGGUGCAGAACAGAGGACUGUGGGCUGUGGUCAACAAUGCUGGGAUCCUUGGCUUACCCACUGAUGGGGAGCUCAUUCCUAUGAUCCACUACAAACGAUGCAUGGACGUGAACUUCUUCGGGGCUGUGGAAGUCACGAAGGCAUUUUUGCCUCUUCUUAGGAAAUCCAAGGGGAGGCUGGUGAACAUCAGCAGCAUGGCAGGAGGGGUUCCACUGUUCAAUAUGGCGGCCUAUGGCUCAUCCAAGGCAGCUCUGACCAUGUUUUCGGCAGUCAUGAGACAAGAGCUUUCCAAAUGGGAAGUGAAAGUCUCCAACAUCCAGCCUGGAGGCUUUAAAACAGAUAUCACAGGCACGAGUGAAAUGCGGGACAAGCUGGAGAAAGACCUCCUGGACCACCUCACCCCUGACGUGCAGGAGGAGUACGGCCAGGACUAUAUCCUUGCGCAAAAGAAUGCUUUCAACGCAGUCUCUACUUACGUCAGCUCUGACCUGUCCCCUGUGCUCCGGGACAUCCAGCACGCCAUCUCUGCUAAGAGCCCCUUCACCCUCUACACGCCGGGGUCAGGGGCUUACUUGUGGUUAUGCUUUGUUUCUUUUAGCCCCACUGGCGUAUUUGAUUAUUUUAACAAAAAAUUGAAUUACUUUAAUAAUGGUACACCUAGAAUACUAAGCGUGCCUACCUGGAAGAAUAAGGCCAUGUAGGCAAAUACGUGAAAAAUGUUGUCAUCUUGGAGUGAAUGAGAAGCCAGAGUUUCCCAUUAAAGUUGUGGUUUCCUAUCUUGCA